GGUUGAAGUCAGCUGAAUGCAGGUGAAAUGAAGCUACAGAGAGGAGCUGGCUCUCCGGGCGCGUGGAGAGGCUGGAGCUGUUGGGUUCUCCUGCCUUCCUGUGUGUGGGCGCGUGGCUCCGGGUUCAGAGCUGUCGGUCCGUCCUCCUCCUCCUCCUCCUGUUGUUUCUCCCUCCCCCUGCUCCUCCUGCCUCCACUGAGACGAGCAAAAAGCUGGGGAGGAGCGACAGAGCUCUUCAGUCAACAGACGCGGUGUAUUCAGAAGCGGCGGCUGCACCGGCAGGAACCCGGCGGAGGAAAGUCAUCUGACGGCUGUUUUCCAUUGACCACUGAAGGGGGCCUGCAGAGAGGAACCGAGCAGAGGCGGAUGCGAUAAUUGCAUUUCUUGCUGCCCUGUGGGAACAUGGGAUAUAUGACCCCAUCAUUCACUCGUAAGGCUCUCCAGUAAACAGUUCCAUACAGAAGGAUGACGGAGGCAGCUGUAGCGAGUGCAGAUGUCCUUGCAAAACCCUGUGACACAGAAAGCUGCCCCUCCCCAUCACUAUGUCUACCCUCCUGCAGUGAGAAGAGGGGCGAGGAGUGUCACGCUGACAUGAAGAUUCAGCAGCAGGAACUCUGUAACCAGGUGAUACCAAAGAAAAUGUUCAAGCCCAAAGGAAAGUUAGUGCGCAGCAUGGCGUUUAGCGAGGAGUCCUCCCCGUUUGAAGAAACAAAGGCAUCUCCGGGCCCAAACAUCCCAUUUAGCUGCCAUGACAACGAGAAAACUUCCAGUAGGGAGAGCAGCCCCAAUCCAAAGAAACCAUCACUGUCUAAAGAGUCCAGCGUGGAGUACACUGAUUCAACCGGCAUAGAUCUGGACCAGUUUAUUGAGGACACCGUUAACAGCAACCCCAGAGACCGUCUGACGCUGCUUAAACUGGAGCAGGACAUGACUGAUUUCAUCUACAGCAAUAGUACCUUUAAGAAGUUCCCUCAAAUGUCGUCCUACCACCGCAUGCUGGUCCAUCGGGUGGCGGCCUACUUCGGCAUGGAGCACAAUGUGGACCAGACAGGCAAGUCUGUCAUCAUCAACAGGACCAGCAACACGCGCAUACCGCAGCAGCGUUUCUCAGACAUGGUUCACAAGGACAAGACUGAAGAUAAAAAAAUAUUAUUAAAGAGGGACAGUUCGGACGACCAGGGCCGCCACCACCCUUUACGUGACAGGCAAAGUAAGUCGAUGGAGGAAAGAGAAGAGGAGUACCAAAGGGCACGAGAACGAAUCUUCAACAAAGAGCCACUUUGCACUCAGGAGAUCACCCAUGCAGAAAGCAGGGACGUGGAGGAGUACAAUCCAUAUGUCGAGACCCAUAGGAAAAGACAAAUCUUCAGGAGAAGUCGCGCCAACUCAAGCUCCAGCUGGACAGGCAGUAGCAAGCAGAGCAGUACUGACACCGACUAUUGCUAUGGCAACGAUCCCCCACCUUGGAGCAGCACAGACUCUGAUUCUUCCUUUCAGUGGACGAGUCCAGCGGUGAAACCCCACCAACCUUCCAGCCAAUGCUGGGAUACACAAAAUCGAGGCUCCAUCUCACUUUAUAGAGUGCAACCCUCUUGUGCACACCCUUCUCCUCCGCCUCCCAUCAUCGAGGAGCCGGUUCACAACUAUGUCCCGGAGAACGGAAUACCACCGGGGAGCAUAUUAGUGAACCCUCUUACUGGACAGCCUUUCCUGAACCCUGAUGGAACCCCUGCUGUGUACAACCCUCCGGAUGGUCAGCAACCAAUCAGAAGCCAGACUCUGCCACCUCAGCAGCAGGUGGUUCAGUACUCGUCUGUCUCUUACACAUCUCCGCAGAUGUUACCCGUCACUCCCUCACAGCCAUACCCAACAGUUGAAGACCUCUCCUCACAGUUUGCUCAGGUGACGGUGAGCUGCCCGUCAACAGGAGACGGCGCACCCAUCCACCCUCCCAGUCAGGGUUACAUCUAUGCAGCUCCUGCCCCUCUUAAUCUCCCCAGCUACUGCCAGCCCUCACCACAGGUGCCUGUGUAUGUUUACGGCCAGUACCCUACCUCAGCCCAACCUGGAUUCAGGCCAGUUUCACCCUCCCAACAUGUCUGCAGCUCAGCAGCACAACCAGCAGGUUACCCCCCUUCUGUGAGGGUGCAGCAGUCUUCCCACACCCAGCCUCAACCUGUGAUGGGGACCUACACACCGGUUGCCUCUCAUCAGUGUAGCAUGGUUCAGGCAGGUGCUUCCGUGCCCUUUCCCCAAAGUAAAGUUGGGACUGGGGGAGUUGGAGAUGCAGGGUACUGCUGCAUGGUUCCCCCACCUCCUCACCACAGUAGCUGCACCAACCUCAGAGCACAGACCUGGAACAUGCAGUAUUGAUGGUGUGACGAUACCGUGGUUCCUGUUUUAAGUCACAGCGCGCACAUUUUUUAAAUGGAAACGCACUCCCUUUCCUUCACCCUCCCUUCUCCUGGUGGUGUGGGUAUGCAGUUCCCACACUCACGCAACAUAGCCUUGCUCACGGAGAUAAAUGUUCCACCAUACCAAAGCUUGGUACAAUAUAUAAGAGCUGCUGUACUGAAUGCAUAAUUUAUAUACACAAAUGGAGUUUUAUAUUGUUAUUAAAUUAUAUAUAUAUUGUGUUUUAAGGAAAUGCACUGUGUGAAUAGAAUAAAGUGCCAUGGUUUGACUGAUGAGGUCACA